ACAUCCACUGCUGAUGACGCUGGUAAAUGGCUGGAAAGCGAAGGUGUCUGAUUAAACAACACCAUUUUACCCAGGCAGAAUUUCUUUCUAAGGACAAAAGACCAACAAAAAACAGAAAUGAAGAUUAAGGACAUAACAUUCGGUGAAGUUUAUUGGAAAAUACGGAGAUACUGAAGCGUCUCUAACAGUGUUUUCUGGGCCUGUUGCUAACGACGGGAAAUCCUCGGGCUGUCGGCAGGCAAACACCGGGGCGACGGAGAGCAGAGGACCGAAGACCGGAGCUCCAGGCUGCUGCUCGACCGCCAACAGUUUUCAUUGACUAACUUCUUCUAAUUUUCAGAGAAACUCUCAUUCUCAAACUUUGUUGCGGUUAUAGAUAAACCACCGCAGUUUGAUAGUUUACCAAGCCUUAGCAGUCCGAUGUUUACCUUUUAAUACAACCAGAAUCCCUGAAGAUAGAAGGCUGGUUUGUUUCAGCUUAAAAAAAUUACAUUUUUAACUCCCAAGUUCGUUCCGAAAAGUUUUGAGAGAUCGUUUGUAUCCUUGUGUAUCUCAGUGAAAGUUGUUAGCUUGGUAGCUAACCCAUAAAGCUGUCUAGCUGUCGCACACUUCAGGCUGAAAUGCGAAGUUUGUUAGCCUGAUGGACUGUCCUGUGAUGGCUUGCUCAAUAAUCCAGUGUUUGACUCCGAACUUAUGAUGCAACUUGCUUUAUCUUGAAGGCAAACCCCUGAUCUGAAGGAUUGCAGAACCUGAAUAGCUUUAUUCAGCCUGGAUGAAUGCUCACAGGAAAGGUUGGAUUUCACAGUUGUCUGAACUCGCAGGUUUCUCCUGUUCUGCUAGUCAUCAUUGACCCUUCAGAAACAUCUGCUUGACCAGAAAGAGAUAAUUUCCUUAGAUCUAUUUGCUCCAGGAAGAUCCUCAUCCUAACAUAUUAAAAUGAAUCGUUAUCUGCCUGUUGCACGGCAGCACUUCCUGGCUGCCCUUGCCAGCACCAGUGUGGUGGUGAAAACCAUCAGUGCUGUGGUGGUCCUCCUCUACCUGCUCUCCUGGGCUGCUGACACCUCCUAUGCUCUGGGGGUGACUCCUGGCUACCUAUUUCCGCCCAACUUCUGGGUGUGGACUCUAGCGACCCACGGGCUGGUGGAGAGGCAUGUGUGGGGCGUGGCAGCCAAUGUGGGGACAGUCAUGGCCUGUGGGCGCCUCCUGGAGCCAUUGUGGGGUGCUCUGGAGCUGCUGAUCUUCUUUGCUGUGGUAAAUGUGUCUGCAGGACUCCUUGCAGGCCUCUCCUACCUCCUCACCUACGUUGCCACCUUUGACCUGGAUUACCUGUUUGCUGUGCGCAUCUAUGGAGCCGGAGGUUUCUUGGGAGGUGUCCUGGUGGCUCUGAAGCAGACCACGGGGGACACCACCGUGCUCAGAGUUCCACAGGUGAGACUCAAAGCUGCUCCAGCUUUGGUCCUCCUCCUCCUGGCCUUGCUGCGAUUGUCUGGUUUGCUCGACACCUGUGCCCCGCUGGCUGCCUACAGUUACGGUGCUCUGUCUGGCUGGGUGUACCUGCGCUUCUACCAGAGACACAGCCGGGGCCGCGGGGACAUGUCAGACCACUUUGCCUUUGCCAGUUUCUUCCCUGAGGCGGUUCAGCCGGCGGUGGGCCUGCUUGCUGGGCUCGUGCAUGCUGCUUUGGUGAAGAUAAAGGUGUGCAGGAAGAUGGUCAAGAGAUAUGAUGUGGGGGCUCCCUCCUCCAUUACUAUCAGCCUGCCAGGGACGGACCCACAGGAUGCAGAGAGACGGAGACAACUGGCCCUGAAAGCUCUGAACGAACGUCUAAAGCGAGUGGAGGACCAGUCCGCUUGGCCCAGCAUGGACGACGAGGAAGAUGAUGAGGACGACGAGGUCCGAACCGACACCCAGCCGCUCCUCUCUGGUGGGCGUGACGCCUCGUCCUCCUCACUGAGAACAUCCGGUGGGCCCGCAGGUGCUUCCCUCUCCUCCGCCUCCCCAUCGUCGGCAUCACAGAGCACUGGGACAGCAUCUUCAGGCGGCGUGCAACACUCCGAGUCCAGCAUUAUCACCUUUGAGGACGCAAGCUCCAGAUCAUAGCAAGAUGAAGCCUGGUUAAUGGAGAUGCACGCUCUGGUCGGUGUCACAGACGAGUAUACUGGCGCUUCAAGUGCCCCUGACUAGUAUACAUUCAGUAACGAUGGUUAGAUGUCGAUAUUUCACUCUACACACAACAUCUUUGAUGAGUUAACAUAUAAAAUUGUGCUCUCGCAAACUCUCAGACUUUGAAGUGCUUUCAGUUGGGAGCAAACGCUCAGUGCAUUUUGACAAACUAAUAACUUAGUCCCUAUUCUCCUUUCAAAAUAAAAUACAUCUGUAUGUUAGGACCAAGUCCCAGCCUGCAGGACCCCGAUCACUGCUACAUGUGUUUCACCUUUCUAAUAUCUCAGAACUAUUGUGCAAAUCUCUUUUUCCCUGUCUUUUCUGAACAGCCAUAUUUGUUGUAUUGCCUGCUCUGCUACAAGAACAUGAUUAACACCAGAGACGAACGCUGAAGUUGGUGUUUCUUUGAGUGCAGACAGAAUGCUUUCCAGUGACACAAGACGCUGGUUUGUUGGUUCCAGAUGUACCACCAGCUAAGUGACGCAAUGCACGGACAGCGAAAAGGUGUCGCCAACCUGCUGAAACUGAGCAAAGAUGCUGCUAUUGAACGGCCACACCAAACUUAGAGACUCGAAGACGAGCCAGAUCGAACGUGUUCUCUCCCAGAUGAAGGUGCUGUGGAACCACAGAGAGAAAUGGAAGAAUACAC